AUGAACUUCGACAGCGCCUCACGAGGGAACCCAGGCCCCUCGGGCGCAGGUUAUAUUGUAGGGGAUGACAGGGGUGAUCUUGUCGUGGGCGCCUCGGUCAAGCUGCCAGACGGUUCAAACAAUGAUGUCGAGUAUGCUGCUAUAUUAGCAGGGCUCUCAAAAUGCAUUGAGAUGGGACUGGACAACAUUGACAUUGAGGGAGUCUCCCUCAAUGUCGCACGGACUGUAGCACACAGAGAGCCGCCGAGUUGGAUGGGCAGAAUGUGGAUGGAGGUCAUCUGUGUACUGGCAGACAGACUAAACAGUUUCUCCAUAAGCCAUGUAUACAGGGAGGCGAAUAAAUGUGCGGACUUCCUUUCAAAUCAUGCGAUCGAUCGGCAGGACAUCCAGAUCGUGUCUAAGGAAAUGAAGGCGUGGCGGGAAACUCUAACCAGACUGUUUGGCAGAGGAUGA